AUUCAAUAAAAAUGUCAGCCAUGAAUGAACCUCGGAAAGUUGCAGGUGCUCGUUUGAUUGUCUGUCACUGAAUUCCCUGUGAAGGUGUUUCAUAAAUUUCAACUUUAACAUGACGUCGGUCGGCGCUGAGCCAAGCAGCACAAGUGAAGACGAGCAGAGGGUGCAUGUGAAAUCUUCAACGUUGGCUGUUGAACAGGGGGCCAUGGAAGGCUGUGUGAAGCCCUCUGAGGCUGUUGAUUCUCUAGGACAGGAACCAGCGUAUCAUACUGAAGAUGGCCGUGAUGGAAACGAAGGAGUUACCUCCCCUAGUGAUGUUGGCAGUGGAGGUCAAAGCAGCACAGCAUUCUCAGUACAAGAUGAAGACCUAACUAGCAUGGUGUCCAAAGACCAGCCAGACAGACAGGAAGUCCAAACAGUGAGACACUCCAGUCCUGUCUCCAAGUCUUUCACAGAUGCCUCCAUGUGCUGUUCUAAAGAUAUUCGAGACCCGUGUGCCGUGCAUGGCAGCUGUGGCCUGUACAACCUUGGAAACACGUGUUUCAUGAACGCGGGGCUUCAGUGUCUCGCCUCCAGCGCCUCGCUAGUCAAGUUUCUGCUGGAAGACUUUGUCCUGGAGGAGACCAACAAGAACACCCUCCUUGGGCAGUUCUACAAGCUGCUGUGCAAGAUGUGGUGUGGUCAGUUUUCUGUUGUCCAUCCUAAGGAGUUUAAGGACACUCUUGGACUGUACCACUCCCAGUUCCAGGACUACAGACAGCACGACUGUCAGGAGUUUCUUGCACUCCUGCUAGACACAUUUCACGAGCAGCUCAACACAGGGCGGUCCAACCUGGCCGCUCUCUCCAACAACGAGGCCAUCCCUGGGUGCUCGCCUUUACAUGUCCUCGAGCCCCUGUCCAACUCGCUCAAUAACCAAGAUUCUAGUCCAUUGAUGGAAACAUCCGAUGCGGGUGAUGAUCAAGCCCCAGAUGAAACUUUGUCUUGUGAUAACGAUCAUGUCACUAGCUCUCAUAGUCAAUCAAAGCCCUCCGUGUUUGUGAACAAGUCCCUCGGACAGCCAAACAUUGCAACGGGCCCAAAGACAGGCAGCGAGUGUAUAUCUAGUACCACUGUAAAUAACUCCUCCAUGUUUUCUUCCGAGGACAGCAACCAAUCAACAGUAUCCCUGCACAGCACAGACUCCGAACAAAGCCUCAAUAUCAAGAAGUUACAGCUCCAGUCCACGGGAGAUUCAGGCAAAUCAGAAGAAGAUGUUACCAUGGGAACGGUAUCCUCAUCGACCGAUUCCAUGGAUAAGAACAACCACAGAACAAAGAUCAACAUAUGCAACGCAAAUACCUCCAUGCUGAAUAUGACGCCCAGAGCAGCUCACGUUGACGCAAGGACGGACCACAAUGUUGUUUCUACCAAGACAGACAACUUUGCCCAGUUAAAUAAUAUUUGUUCCUCUAAGUUACCACCUAGCUUGCUUGAAUACUAUGGCAAGGAAACUAAGACUCUUAAUACGAAUGUGUUAGUUAAUGAAGCAACUGAUGGUGAAAUCGCAAUCGAUUCAGAUAAGUUCGCCAAACAGGAUAAUCGGCGGCCUGUGCAAGAGGAAGUGAAUGUCCUGCAGGAAGUACUCAGGGAAGAAGCCAAAGCUGACAAGGAAGUUGACUCAGUGAAUUAUGGGAUCAAAGAUACAAACCUACGUGUUGAAAAGAAGUCCCGGUUUCUGUCCAAUUCUUGUCCUAAUGUUUUGGAUUCCGAAAGGGCUCAAGAUGUUUAUGAAUUAAAUAACAUCAAGCGAAUCAAGAUAGACUCGACAGAACCUCGUAAGCAUGUUGCUAUGCAUGAAUCAGAGAAAAAUGUUCAGAUGCAGGAAAUGUCAAAGUUCAAUACUCGGAAAGUUCUUCAGGAAGAAAUGUCGGAUGGUGAAUCUUCGGCGGAGAGUAUGGAUGCAGAAGAAGCGGAGAGUUCAGAAGAUGAAGGGGAGAUAACUUCGCGAAGCAGCUCUGUUAACGCCCUUUCACUGGACGCUAGUUUUGUAAAUAACCGAGCUGAGAUAUACCAGGAGGAGGCAGAUGGUGCCUGGAACGAUUAUCUCCGCGAGAAUAACAGUGUUGUUGUGGGCAAAUUCCAGGGGCAGUUUCAGAGUACGGUUGUUUGUUCCGUGUGCCGCCACGUCUCCGUCACUUACGAGCCAUUUAUGUACCUCUCGUUGCCGAUCCCCAGGGCGAUGGAGAGACAAAUCUGUGUGAUAUUUGUGCAUCGCGGUGUCCCCCCCACACGGUACGUGCUGAACAUGCACAAGACUGACAAGGUGCACAAGUUGAAGCAGGAACUCCUCCGCCUGCUCCAGCAACCUGACUGUGAUAUCAUCCUGGCCGAGGUGCUCGACUCACAUGUGUCUCGUGUCCUGGAUGACAAUGUAAUGUUGAGAUACGUCAAUGACACAUCCAGGAAAAUCUAUGCAUUCGAAAUGGUACAGCCUUCCAUCCCACCUGAGGAAACCCCAGAGGAAAAGCCUGAACCAUCAAGUGUAACCAGCUCAGUGCCAAGCUCUGUGACAAGGUCAGUCGCAGAAACGGCCACAUCGAGUGAUGCCAUGACGGACACCACGGAUAUAUUCAGCAACAUGGAUACGUUUAAUAAUCGGCCCAAUAACAGCUUAUUCCACUCCAGUGGGGCUGCACCCAUAUCCAUAGUAACCGUGGAUACCGAACUGGGAGAUGGCUUUCCCGAAUCCAAGAGUUGGUCAAGAACGAAGGUAGAGAAGGAGACUCCACACCCCACUUCUCCAGAGCUUCCGUUCACUGAGACAGACACAGGGAAAGAGAAUCCAGAUCUGGCAGGAACGGGCCUAUGGGAAUGGUCCCAUGUGGGUUUCCCAGACUGUGACAGCACGUGGGACAAUGUGGCAAGUUCGUCAGACUUUAAUCCGCCGCCAAUCCCCCAGGAUGUUAUAAACAGCAUUCCUGGGAUAGCGGGUCAGUGGCGGACGUGUGCAAUCUGCCUGGAGGAACUGUCCGACAAUGACCUGCUCACUCACGAGUCAUGCAGUGGAACGUUUUGCCAAAACUGCUUGGAGAUGUCUGCCAAACACACGACGGAAGCAGGGUACUGUUGUCCAAUCUGCCUUAUGCCCGCCAACAUGAUGGAAGACUUUUCCCCUCUUGUGAGUGCGAGCUGUCACAAGCCAAAACUCAGGGUUAUAGCCGUACCAAUAGCAUUCCGAUGUGAUGUGAACAUUGAAGACAACAGCUGCUCCGAAAAGUUGUUUGGUCAUCCUACUAUACUCUAUGUGCCAAAUAGACUGCCUGGAGGCUGUCUGUAUGAUAUGAUCGAUGCUGUGCUGCCAUUCCCAGCGAUGUACUCUGUUGUGCUGACUGACGGACAGGGUCUACGGUGCUCUCGAUGUAUGUACACCGCCCACUGUACAGGCUGUGUCCUGUGUCGGGAAGGGGAGGUAACUCUCCAGCCAGGGGACAAUCUGACCAUCCACCUGAUGGACGUGUCACAUAACCAGCAGCUUGAAGGAGCCGCGUAUCACGACCACAGCUCCGUGCAGGAUCUCCGACCCAACGACCCAAUCACUGUCUACGACUGCUUUCGAGCCUUUACUGAAAGUGAGAUCCUGGAUGAGCACAACCCCUGGUACUGUCCCACGUGUCAACAGAACCAGUGUGCCAAGAAAACCAUGACAGUCUGGCGCUACCCUGACACCCUCAUUGUACAUCUCAAGAGAUUUGUCUUUCAUGAGUUGUCGAGUACUAAAGUCGACAACCAAGUAGUCUUUCCUCACAAGAACCUUGACCUUCAACACUUUGUAUCAGGACCAAAGGUCAAGGACCUUUCAUACGACCUCUACAGCAUAGUGUGUCAUUUCGGAGGCUCUCAUUCUGGUCACUACACAUCCUACACCAACCACCCCCUGACAUCCGAGUGGUUCUACUACAAUGAUGAGACAGUCAGCAAACAGGAGCCUCGCAAUGAUGACUACAGCAGUGCCUACGUCCUCUUCUACCAGAGGAAAGGUACAUCCAGUAAGUUCCACCCCCCAGCUGUUCUGCCCUACCUCCUGGACGCCCCCUCCCGCCACACCUCCCCGCCCCCUCUUGUUGUCGAUGUCCACCGGGGACCCUCCACUUCUGAGACUCACCCCCUCAAGCCAAACCAGCCUGAAGACUCCCUCAAAACAGCACUGAAGGAGGGGGCGGGGCCAUCGGACUCCACCCAACCUGCAAUGGACGAUAUGAUUGGACAGUCUGAUGACAGUCCCAUGUCAAUCACUCAGCCACCUGCAGAACAGGCAGAAGCCGACAGCACCUUUGAUUUCUAUUCUUAGUUUCUUAAUCUGCAUUAUUAAUCACUUCAGUCCAUUCUCAUAUUUUGAAGAUGUUUCUGUCACCAUGACAUUCAAUACAUUCAAUACAUAUCCACUGGUAUAAGAUGAGCUUAUAUGAAAUAUGUACAUCGUUUUGUUCAAAUCCGGAAACCAGCCGACCACACUAUACAACCAAUGAUGGAGACCAAGUACGGUCGGAAAUGCUAGAAAAAUUAAUUUCUAGCUUCAUUUAAUAAAUACGAAUCAUAGGACUAUAAAAAGAGCAUGUAACCCAAAUUGACCUAAUCUAACCUGUCCUAACUGACACUGAUUACCCUUAAAAAGUACUUUUACGGGUAAAUGGUGAUAAACUUAAAAAAUAUCCGUGUGUUGUCAUGCAUGUAUGAAACGGCCGAUAACCUGAAGUAAUUACCUAACACCUGUUUCGAGGUGAUGACCUCACACUGUCCCGUGCGUUCUCAUUGGCAUCCGAGUUGGGUGGGGGUGGUCUCGAAAUAUUGCUGUUAUUGUACUUAAUUGACAUUGCUUUGAAGGGGUAACAAUUUAGGAUAUGUACUUCAUGAUGGAAUAGAUACGACAAUGACACUGACGUUGUUUAAAAUGGGCAAUUGCUGAAGUUCCAACAAGUCUAUGAACACGUCACCUCCUAUAAUUUCCUUAUGAAAAUCACCAGUUUACUUUAUCGCCUCGAAAACUAUCACACAUCCAUCGAUAAGCCCCAUAUCAUGGGUUGCGGCGUGCAAAACAAUGUCACGAUUACCUCUACCUGUUAGUACCAUGGUUUUUUUUUGUCCAUCUGCCGAUAGCCACAUGUAGUCAGUGGAAUGAUUCAUAAAGGUACAUUAUCUGGACGCCCUGACUGUGAUAGUUAUGAAUGGUUGGAGAUAAUGUGACCUCAUAGACAGGAUGGAAUAUUAUCCCCUGAAAACUGCUCAGUCAUUGCCACGCACAGUGUAUCGAAAUCCCAUCUCAUUGAGAGCAAUAGUUAGUGCAGUCCACGAAACAUUAUUUGUAUCUUUAAUUUCCUCCCAAAUUCUUCUACAAGUCAGGGUUACCUUCUGCUCAUAAAGCUUGUACACUAUACGCCUGAUCCCCCUGUAUCAAAGCUGUCUAAUAUCCUUUUUCUUCCUGGUUUUGUUUUUGAGACCACCCCUAUACUUGUUUUGUUUUAUUUAUCAUACCGUGGACUUGAUGGUAUGAAUUAAAAAACCCAUAGCUUGGGCAGUUUGGUAAUUCACCCGAUCUAAAUUAAUUAAUGGCUUCCCUCUAUCUCUCUAAAGUGUAAAGAACUUGUAUACAUUUCCAAGUACAUACUCCAUGUCGUGUACCGUGGCUAUGGCUAUGCAAGUGUAAUGUAACAUGCAUCAUGGGAGCAGUGUUGACAAAACAAAUGCAGCGCCAUUUUGUCAUUUUAGAAGAUACAGAUCUAGUAUUUUCUCCUAAUGAUUUUGGUGUGUGGAUUAGCUGUUUUAGGAAGGCUACAUUAUUACAAUUAUAAAGGAGUGACGUGCGCAUAUUUCUAUAGUCUGUUUCAUUGGACUUAGAAUAUAUGUGAAUUUCGUGUUUUCAUUCGGAUUUGUCUCCUGUCGAUAGGACUCCUUGUGACUGAAAUACUUCAAACCACAGGAAGGUCAAUCGGAAGUUACUCGAUAUUUAAAUAACAACAGUUUGUGAAAAAUUAUAUCCUUUUUUAACAGGCAAAAAGCAUUUUUCUAGCAUUUCCGACAGUACUUUAGUAAAGAUUUUGAAAGCGGAUCGCCAUCGUGUUUACCAAACGUUUUUUAAGAAUCCAUGACUUUGCCUCAUCAUUCACUCAGUUAUCUUGCUGAUUGUGAUCGUGCAAUGAACAAUCAGGAUUCACAUCAGAUGCCACGAAUUAAAUUGCACUGGUGAAUGGAUCCUUCGGGACUAUUAAUUUCAUAGCUGUGAUUUUGGAUAAACAACUAAAACCUCCCCGUUUUGACUUAUAACCUUGUACAGACUAGUGACAUGUCUAACCCCUGUGAACUCAAAUUUGAGGCUAAUUGAUAGCAAUCUGUUUGCAAAUUAUGUAUUGUCACAUGGGGAGAAAUAUUUUCGAAUACUGAGAACACCCUUCCCAGAUAUACUUCCUAUGCAUACCAUGACGAUGUGUAAUACUGCAUCAGAAGCUGUUUAAUUCCUUUUUGUUGUCGGGCUGUCAUGAUAUAUGGACACUAAACUAUGUGUUUCACAAUCAUAGGAAUCACUAGACUUGGGGGGGGGAGGGGAAGGAGUCACACGUGGCCUAGUCAUCACUCCAUUUUGCUGUGCAGAGUUGUGUCCCUUUAGGUGUGCCAGGACCUAUGGUUGUGGGUUCAUAUGCUGAUUAUGUUUGUAGGUUUGUCUGCACCAUACCCAUGCUUGUUGGUUUCACCAAAGUGGUAAACAUCUGAGACCUGCAUCACUUCGGGCUUUCCUCACACAUCAAGCUGACACGCCAUGAUUUAACUGGAAAUCUGUUAAAAGCGGUGUUAAACCCAAGUCAGUCAAUCACUGACUCCUUCAUCAAGCUGAUAUGCUGUGAUAUAACUGAAAUACUUUUCAAAGCGGUGUUAAACUCACUGACAAACUUGACCCAUUGGUCAUUUCGACCAACAAGAGUGAUGUGACACAAGGUAGGGGGAUACGUCUCAAUAUAUCAUUAUGGCUCGACAUCAGUGUGAUGCUGAACAUUGAUGUGUACUAAUCGUCAUACUAGUUCAUUCCUUCAUGCUCUCAUGUCCUGUGAUUUGUUCGAAACGAGGGGGGGGGCACGGUUGGCUGUGCAGAGUUGCGUCCCUUGAGCACACCAGAAACCUAUGAUUGUGGGUUCGAAUCCCGGUUCGCCCUGAUUAUUUUUCUAGGUUUGUCAGCACCAUACCCG